AUGAAUGUUUUCAUGGCUUGCAGUUCCUUUAUAUUCUUUCUUGUGUGCUUCCCUCUGCACUCCUCUAUCAGUGGAAGUGGGCAGGGCGGGUAUUCUUGGCUUGCUGAAGUUACAAGUCACGAGGUUCUAUUCCUGAUCGGUGGAGAGGUGUGGAUGAGGGAACGCUCAGAUGUCACACACAGUCCAGGCGGGCGGAGGGUGACACGAGGUGUGUCUAAGGGUGCAUGCGUGGAUGAGGGAGGUGACAGGCCCGGCCCCUCCCCCUCCUCUACUUCCUCAUUCCCAGGACUCGGCUCUGACAGUCUCCUCCAUCGUCGCCUUGUACUCGAUCGCUGCAGCCCGUCCGCACCGAUCACCAUGUCCAAGCCGCCUCCCAAACCAGUAAAGCCAGGACAAGUCAAAGUGUUCCGGGCUCUGUAUGCAUUUGAACCAAGAACGCCUGAUGAACUCUAUUUCGAAGAAGGGGAUGUUCUGUACAUUGCAGACAUGAGUGAUACAAAUUGGUGGAAAGGUACUUGUAAAGGAAAAACAGGACUCAUACCAAGCAAUUAUGUUGCUGAACAAGCCGAGUCAAUUGAUAAUCCACUGCAUGAAGCUUCUAAACGGGGUAACCUGAGUUGGUUGAGAGAGUGUCUAGAAAACAGAGUUGGCGUUAAUGGGUUAGAUAAAGCUGGAAGCACUGCUCUAUACUGGGCAUGCCACGGAGGACAUAAAGAUGUUGUGGAGGCCUUACUUGCACAGUCUAAUAUUGAGCUAAACCAGCAGAAUAAGCUUGGAGACACUGCUCUGCAUGCUGCCGCAUGGAAGGGAUACGCUGAUAUUGUAGAGUUGCUCCUCUUGAAAGGAGCAAGAACAGACUUAAGGAAUAAUGAGAAAAAGCUGGCUUUGGAUAUGGCUACGAAUGCUCAGUGUGCUUCCCUUCUUAAAAAGAGACAGGCACAAGGUAACACAUGUCUACUUAAUUUUAAUGUAGGCGUAUAUUUAAAUAAUGGCAUAAGGUAUUUUAGUAUGUCUGCCUUCCUCAGUUUCUGA